AUGCCACUGGUUGCCAACUGCCCUGUUCCCAUUCCUGUUGCUUCUGUGUGCGAUCCCAUCCAUGUGCGGUGCCGGAUACAUCGAGAGACAGCCUGUCCAGAGAAUCUCCUCCACAUCCCAGAUACUGCUCGAAUUGCAAAGCCUCACUCUCAUUGUGCGCUGCCUCUAAACCUUCACUGGACUGCAUCGCCAUACAAUUAUCCGCAAUCCCAAAACCGGCAGUUAAGUCGAGAUAUUUGCGUACCCGAUUACCCCGGUAACGGCCAAAGACAACCCGCAGUUAUCACUGAACCAUCUCAACCCUUCACAAACCAGUCAUCUUUACAACGGAAUCAAGGCCAUCCAAACCAAGACGAAUUCCAUCAACAGGUAUCGUGGACUCCACGGCACGCCGCAUCUAAUUCCUAUACCUUCGGUCAAGCUGCAUCCAACCCGCUGAUAUCCCAUCAUCGAGCUUAUAUGCCUGUGAAUCAUACUGGUAUGGCCGGGAGACAUGAAUACGCGUCUCCAGGCACCACCAUACCAACAAAUCUACAGGCGUCUAUAGCUUCCGAACCCCCUCCUUAUACUUUUUUCAGCAACCAGCAGUCUCAAGGCCAGACACAUGAUCAACCAGGGCCAACUAGCUUCUGGGAACCCGGCAUCAAUCACUUUCUUGGUACUCUCAACCAUGCUGAGCCCUUUAUGGUGUCCGAUUCGAAUCUUCCCCAACCCGAAGGACAGCGCCUUUUUUCCAGAUUAUCAGGCAGUUCAACAAUGACAAAUAGUGAUAACCCUUUACAUUCGUUUACGUUCCAAAACCUACCAGUUGACUCCCACAAUACACAGUUUAACAACCGCGGUUCGGUUGAUAACGAAGCUUUGAAUGGUUCCCAUAUGCCUCGCAACACGACCUUUCCAUAUACCACGGGCUCACCUCCGAUAGAAAGUCAGGCGGACUUAUUCAAUCACAACUCUCGAAGGAGCCUUUUUCUGGGGGCGGUCUCGACCUCCGGGAGUCCUCCUGGAAAUGGUAGCCUAAAUGCGAAUAUUACCGCUGCGGGGCGUCGGCGUCCCAGACGUACCAACGAAAGUGGAAUGUCGCAAUCUGGCCCAAUGCUACGAGGCGACCAGAGACAACUACAUAGACACACCCACCAUUCCGCAUCCGGGAUAAAUAUAGGAGUUCCGGGAGUUGCCCCUUCUACUCGUGAUCAGGGUUAUGUAAAUGCCCACCUGGCUCGACUCUUGUAUGCCGGUAACCUUGUGCGCUAUCCCAAUGAUCCUGACAGCUUUUUCUUUGGAACUGAAGCGGGGCGUAGGAGAAGAUUUCUUGAGUCCCUUAACAACAAUAACUCGGAGCCAGCCACUCCGACUAAAGGACUCGAUAACCAGGACGAUGGACGUCCAGAGCCUAAAGAAACUGAAGAUCUCACUGUUAAUUUGGAAUGCAAAGCUUGCAUGAGCCAACUCAUCGACACUGUAGUACUUCCCUGUGGGCAUGCCGUUCUCUGCCGCUGGUGUGCGGAUCAACAUAUGCCCUCAAGCAGAGUGGACAAAACAAAGCCUCGUGGGAGUGCAACUUGUCCCAUGUGCCGCAAACCAGUGAAACAAAAGAUUCGGAUCUAUCUUUCUUAA